AUUAAAGAACUCUACCUGCACGUCCUGAACGGUCCGUGAUGCACUGAAAACCAAAUUUCACAGUUUUUAUAAAAUAAUAUAUGCAAGCAAUUUUUCUCCCAAACGCUUCAGAGGUCUGCAAACCCUGCUGCAGCGCCACAACGAACACUCGUUCCUUCCUCGGUCGCGCCGGAGCGGCAAAAGCGAACGGAGAAGAGAGAGAGAGAAGCGAUGGAAAUGGAAAUAUUGGGCAUAAAUUUCGGUUGCGUGCUGGCGUCGCUGACGGCGGGGAAGUUCCCGGAGAAGGACUGCCUCCUCCCCCUCAUCUCCAAGAUCCUCGGCUACUGCAUCGUCGCCGCAUCCACCACUGUCAAACUCCCCCAGAUAUUUAUCAUAUUGAAGCACAAAAGUGUUAGAGGACUUAGUGUGCCGGCUUUUGAGCUUGAAGUAGUUGGUUAUACAAUUGCUUUGUCAUAUUGUGUUCACAAAGGGCUUCCAUUUUCAGCUUAUGGAGAGCUAGCCUUCCUCUUAGUUCAAGCUAUAAUUUUAGUUGCGAUUAUCUACUAUUAUUCCCAGCCAGUUGGAACCAAAACAUGGAUCAAGGCUCUGCUAUAUUGUGCUCUAGCACCAACCGUGUUAGCUGGGCAAAUUGACCCAAUGCUUUUCGAAGCCCUAUAUGCUUCACAACAUGCCAUAUUCUUCUUUGCUAGAGUUCCACAAAUAUGGGAAAACUAUACUAACAAGAGCACCGGGGAACUAAGCUUCUUAACAUCGUUCAUGAACUUUGGUGGUUCUAUUGUACGAGUUUUUACUAGCAUUCAGGAAAAGGCUCCAUUAAGUGUGGUUUUGGGUUCUGUGAUCGGCAUUGUGAUGAAUGGCACCAUAUUAAGUCAGAUACUUACGUAUCAAAAGCCGCCCACAAAGAAAGAGAAGAAAGUACAGUGAAUCAUCAGAUUUUGUAAGCUUGGUGCUGCAAUAUCAUCCUUUGUUUUAAUGCAAAGUCUCAGGAAUGUAGUCCACAUGUCUUCACCCUUGCAUUUUUCAUCUCAGCCGUUUGUAUUUGGUGGCUGUGGGGAUUCUCAAGAAGGCUCUCAGAUUGGAUGUUUUCUUCAUUCCCCUUUCUCUGUACCCUUUUUAUAUAAAUACACUCUCUUAAUAACUUUAGAAUGAAUGAAAAUGUAAAGGAAAUACAUGAUCUCAGAACAGAGAGCAUAUUUGUCAGAUCUACUUCAGACUAUUUUUAUUGCCAGGAUCUUGGUCCUCCAUCAAAUGUUCGAUUUGAGUAAA